CGCCGCUUGUGACCAAAGAGGUGUCAUUCGAAUUUAAAAAGAAAACUCUGGCGGGAACAUUUGACAUCUGUAAGCUGUCAAAAUAUUGUGGACGUGAAACCGCGAUUUGUGUUCAAAUUGUGUUGUGUUCAGUUAAAUUGAGUGUUAUUUCGCAAAAAUAAAUUACUACCAGAGCCGCGCGCGCACCUAAGCCCGCUGAACGUCAGUCGACGCGCCACCCCCGUCGUAGGUACACGUAAUGAGCGUGUAUUGACACAAAGGAUUCAGUGAUUGUGUGUUUGUGUGUGUGUAAAAAUGCAGGGCCGUGACAAACUAUGUGCAAAAUUGACGAGUGCAUUCCUAAGGAAGUGGUGGUUCGUGCUAGCGUCGGCGGUGGUGCUGUUACUACUGGGUAUUAUUUGUGCUAUAUUCUUCGGCACCUGGAUUCGGCUGUUUAUAGAUCAUGAGCUGGUUCUUCGCCCUGGGUCGAUGACUUUCGACUGGUGGGCACAUCCUCCAGUGCGGCCCUUCGUACGAGUAUACGUGUACAAUGUUACCAAUGCUGACGAGUUUCUUAACAAUGGAUCGAAACCCAUCUUGGACGAAUUGGGACCAUACGUUUACUCCGAAGAAUGGGAGAAAAUGAAUAUUACUGACAACGACAAUGGGACAUUGACAUUUUACUACCACCGGACGUAUACCUUCAUGCCUGAGCUUAGUGCUGGACCCGACGACGACUCCGUAGUAGUUCCAAACAUACCUAUGUUGAGUGCCACCUCUCAAUCGAAGCACGCGGCGCGUUUCCUCCGUCUCGCCAUGGCGUCAAUCAUGGACAUUCUGAAGAUUAAGCCAUUCGUAGAAGUGUCCGUUGGUCAACUCCUUUGGGGUUAUGAAGACCCGCUUCUCAAACUGGCCAAGGAUGUCGUGCCCAAAGAGCAGAAGCUGCCGUAUGAGGAAUUUGGACUAUUCUAUGGGAAAAACGGAACAGCCCCGGAUCCAGUAACAAUGUUCACUGGCGCAUCUGAUAUCACAAAAUACGGUAUCAUCGAGAGAUACAACCACCGUGAUAGCCUUCAACAUUGGGCAACAGACGAGUGUAACAGCAUUGCUGGAUCUGAUGGGUCCAUCUUCCCACCGCAUAUCACCAGAAACGACACUCUGAAGGUCUACGAUAAGGAUCUGUGUCGCCUGCUACCGUUGAAAUACUUGAAGGAUGUAGAGUCAGCUGCUGGUGUCCAAGGUUUCCGGUUUACGCCGCCAGAGGACGUUUUCGCCAAUAACGACUACAACAAGUGUUUCUGCCCCAAUGGCCCACCAUGUGCGCCUAACGGACUAUUUAAUGUGUCUCUCUGUCAAUACGAUUCCCCUAUAAUGCUCUCGUUCCCUCAUUUCUACUUGGCGGAUGAGAGUUUCCGUGACGCAGUGGAAGGGAUUUCCCCACCGGAACCGGAAAAGCAUAGACUAUAUAUCGAUGUGCAGCCUGAAAUGGGUACCGCAAUGCAGGCGCGUGCGCGUGUCCAGAUAAACUUGGCUGUAUCACAAGUGGUUGAUAUAAAGCAGGUCGCCAACUUCCCGGACAUCGUUUUUCCUAUACUGUGGUUUGAGGAGGGAAUAGAUGAGUUGCCAGACCAAGUGUCAUCGCUCCUACGUUUAGCCACUAAGGUCCCGCCCAUUGCCCGUCUUGUACUCUCGUGGGGUUUGUCAGCACUGGGAGCACUGCUGAUUCUUCUCGCUGUCACUUGUCUUAUACGAUCAUCACAUCGUCAAAGCACGCUAAGACUAGAAGGGCACGCAGUGGCAAAACCACCUCCCGCCAAAACGCCGAGUAAAGAACAAAAUGGUUACGAACUCAAUAGGAGAUAAUAGACAACUGGUAGAAUAGAUGCGCCACGCCGGGGGGGAGCUGUCAACUGUCAAAUUAAUAAAUUGUUUUCAUGUUAAUUUGUUAAUAGUAUGUUUUCAGCCAUUUAAUUUGUCAGCGUAUUGAAGUAAGUCAUCAUUAAAAAUAGUCUCUCUCGUUGCUGUGGUGAAUUAAUUUUAAUUUUUGAUUUAGUGUUGCCAGGUGCAAAAACAUCGAUGAAACGAAAUUAGUUAUUGCUUAUAAAUUUCAAGAUAGUUUCAAAAUAUAUAGGAUUACCGCAAUAGCCACAAAUAAUUAUCGUUUAAUUUUAAGCGUAUUCCCAUAUACUUUUUUAAUUGAAUCCCUCUAGAACAUAUAAUGAAGGCAUAUUUUACUUUCAAAUUAUUCUAGGCUCUAUUACUUUAGGACGAUAUGUGAUAAUUAUCAUCCAUUGGUGUUAUUUGAACAAAUAAUAUUUUAUAAAUUUCAACUCGUAGGUGUAAAUAAUCUCUGGGGCGUGGGUUGCCAUUUUACGUUUUUAACCAUGAUUAAAGGAAAUUUUAUGAAUAAUUACCGUUAGUUGCUAGUCUUCGGAUUCGUCCUUUUAGGUAUACUAUUUUACCAUUUUACUUAGCGUCUGUCGGUAUGGUAUAAUGUAUAUUUAGUUUUAAUUAUAUAUGACAUCACAAUUGUAUGUGCUAUUUUUGACCGAAUUACCGAUCUAUUUUAAUUUACUUUGAUUUUCUAAACUAUUUCAAUAUAAAAAUUUGUUGUUGAAUUGGUGGGGAUAUUUUAUUAUUCAAACAAUUUUGUAUCUAUUCUUAAACGCGCUCCAACUCUAGUAUUAAGUUGUUUAAUGAUUUGAAAACUUUACAAAUUAUUACUCUUAAUGUGAAUUUUAAGUAAAUGUAUUUUGAAUGGAAGCAUUGUGAAAAAUAACAACGAACACAACUACACACUAAAGACUGAUUGUUCCGUCCAUGUUCUCAAAGAUUCACCAAUGUUGCCAUUCAAUUUUACCAACGAUUUUGCUCAAAUUUCGGGACUUAAUUAGUUAUUUCUCUGUAUAUGUGAACGUUUAAAAUUGUGAGUAGUGUAAAUAAAUAAAGGUGUAAGAUUUAUAAAACA